AUGGCCGAUAACGACCUACUUCUGAUCCAGACAGGAGGCACAAUAGACAAGGAUUACCCCAAACGGAAGGGAGGCUAUGCGUUUGAGAUCGGGGACUCGGCCGUGGAGAAGAUAAUGAGGACUUUCAGUCCUAGGUCCUCCUGGAGCUUCAGGACGGUGUGCAGGAAGGACAGCCAGGACAUCACACAGGAGGACAGAGGGUCCAUACUGGAUGUAUGUAGGGACUCCCCCAGCACACGGAUCCUGAUAACGCAUGGAACAGACACACUGAUAGAAACAGCUCAGUUCAUCGGUUCUCACCGCCUGAAGAAGGUCAUUGUUCUCAUGGGAGCCUUCUUGCCAUAUGCCUUCAAAGGCUCCGACGCCGAGUUCAACGUUGGUUUUGCUGUAGGCUGCCUACAGUGCCUCGCCAAACCUGGAGUGUAUGUAACCAUGGGGUCGCAAGUGUUCGACUGUAACGAAGUGUGCAGGGAUGAUGUAAGUGAGGAGUUUGUCAAGAAGUUCACCAGUUCAUGAAUAUGACUGUUG